UGGGCGGUUUAGGCUUCCGUACCUCGGUCUGAACCACGUCACUCACCGGAGACACACGUUAGCUCAGCGUUAGCAGAGACAGCCAGGUAUCCACAGACACGUCAUGAUGGGGCCAUGGAACGAGCCAAAGCUUCCAUCUUCAGGAGACGGGUUCUGUAACAAGUAGAGACAAUCCACAGUAUGGGAAGAAUCAGCUUUUCCUGCCUUUUCCCAGCCCCGUGGCACUUCAGCCUCUCGUCCCAGGUUCUUCCUCGGCUCCUGACACCUUCCCUCAGACAGCUGCUCUUCAUCGGCCUGGUGCUGUGCCUCAUGGGGCUGCUCUACCUGCUGCUCGUCACUGGGAAGGGCCACGCCAGCUGGAUCAGAGAGGAAAAUCACUUCCACAGGCACUUGGCAAAGGUGACUGAUGUGGAUGCGACAGAUACAAGCAACCCCAACCUGAGCUAUGGCCUGGUUGUGGACUGUGGCAGCAGUGGCUCCCGGGUAUUUGUGUACUGUUGGCCCCGGCACAAUGGUAAUCCCCAUGAACUCCUGGACAUUCGGCAAAUGAGAGAUCAACACCGCAAGCCAGUGGUCAUGAAGAUCAAACCAGGUAUCUCUGAAUUGGCUAAAACACCUGAGAAAGCCAGUGACUAUAUUUAUCCACUGCUGAGCUUUGCAGCCCAACACAUUCCCAAAAAUAAGCACCAAGAAACACCCUUGUACAUCCUGUGCACAGCCGGAAUGAGAAUCCUUCCUGAAAGUCAACAAGAAGCACUUCUUGAAGACCUGCGAACUGACAUCCCAGUCCACUUCAACUUCCUCUUCUCUGAUUCCCAUGUGGAAGUGAUUUCUGGAAAACAGGAAGGUGUCUAUGCAUGGAUUGGAAUAAACUUUGUCCUCGGAAGGUUUAACCAUGUGCACAAUGAUGGCGAAGCUGUUGUGGAGGUUCAUGUCCCAGGCAGCGAUCAGCAGGAGGCGCCGAUGAGGAAAAGGACUGCUGGUGUCCUGGACAUGGGCGGCGUCUCCACACAGAUCGCAUACGAAGUGCCCAAAACUGUAAGCUUUGCUUCACCACAGCAGGAGGAAGUUGCCAAGAACUUACUGGCUGAGUUCAAUUUGGGGUGUGAUGCCCAUCGCACAGAGCAUGUUUAUCGUGUUUAUGUGUCAACCUUCCUGGGUUUUGGAGGAAAUGCAGCACGACAAAGAUAUGAGGAGAGCGUCAUCAGAAACAGUGCCUCUCGAAACAAGCUGUUAGGUCAGCAUAUGGGUGAGACAGCAGAGUCUCCUCUCCCGGACCCUUGUCUACCCGCAGACCUGCAGGAUGAAAUUGGUCCAUCGACACAGAAGCUGCAUCUGCGAGGCACAGGAGACUUUGAACAGUGUAGACUGAUUCUCCAGCCGUUCCUCAACCGCACAAAUGAGACUCUGACCUCGCUCAGCGGCAUCUACCAGCCCACCAUCGACUACAUCAACAGUCAGUUCUACGGGUUCUCUGAGUUCUACUACUGCACGGAGGACGUGCUGCGCAUGGGAGGGGAUUAUAACGCUUCCAAAUAUGCCCAGGCUGCCAAGAGUUACUGUUCCACCCAGUGGAAGACUCUGAGGGAGCGUUUUGACUCUGGCUUGUAUGCCUCACAUGCUGACCUCCACAGACUGAAGUACCAGUGUUUUAAAUCAGCAUGGAUGUAUGAAGUAUUGCACUCAGGCUUCUCUUUCCCAGCCAAUUAUACAAAUCUGAAGACUGCCCUAUUGGUCUAUGAUAAGGAGGUCCAAUGGACUCUUGGAGCUAUUCUUUACAGAACACGGUUUCUGCCUUUGAGGGACAUCCCUCAGGAAAGCCUGAAAGGAGUGCAUUCUCACUGGCGGCACAGCUUCUCGUUUGUCAACAACCACUACUUAUUCCUGGCUUGUUUCUUCAUUGUGCUGUUGUCUAUUAUGCUGUACUUACUGCGACUCCGUCGCAUCCAUCGGCGCUGCACCCCUUCCUCUGUGCCGUGGUUGGAGGAGGGCCUUGGCUCAACCACAAUCCCUAUCGACCUCUAAACUUUCUAGAGCGUAAAGUCUGGAAAGCAUGUCUGACUUUCAAAAGCCGAUCUAAUUUUCUCUCUGAGGCCAUCUGCUUGUUCAGUGAGCUUUUGAAGUCUGCUACCCUGAAAACACUUCUGCGCGUUGAAACAGAGAUGUUAUUGAGAAAUAGACAUAUGAGGAAGACUAUAUGUGAGUCUUCAGGAUUUCCUGAGCCAUGAAGAUAUUUGUGUUUAAGUUAUUUUGUUUAAUAAUGACAUGCCUUUUUUAGAAUCCACUAUCUUGCCUGUUCUUGUCUACAGGUGUCUUCUAUUUUAUUAUUAAAUUAAGACAGAUAUAACGGUACUUUGCUCACUAUCAAAUCUUCCACACCCAAAUUUAUAUAUAUAGUCUAUACUUUGAAUUUCACAAAGUUGGACACCUUGGACAUUUGCCUUUCUUUAUGCCUUUUAUUUCUUUGAUCACAUCUUUUUCCUUUUUUUGUUUUUAUAGUUGUUAAAUGUUACAAGCGCUCCCUAUUUCUACAGUAACCUCAAAAAUGCAAUAUGAAUUAUAAUCGGUGGAAGAGGCACUUGAGAUGCACUUCCCAGCUGGAAUGUUUGCUUUUUGUGCGUCUCUCCCAGUUUGUUAUGCUUCAACAGGACAAGUAGCCUUUAAGAGCUAUACUAGUGCAAUACAUGUCUUGCCACUGUUGGGGAACCCUACAAAAUACAUCUUUUCUUUUGUCAAGAGUAUCAAUAUCUCUUAAAGCCCUGCUGAAUUUCUUUAUUUGGGUCAUCUGACUCUAAAGUUAGGUACCUUUUGCAUAUAUUUAUGUUGGACUUCAUUUUCAGAAGCCGUCAUAUCACUGCUGUGAGGGGAUUGUAAAUGAGAGCACAUGCCCCAUUAUUUAUAUGGAAUCGGUCUAUAGUGAAAUGUUUGCACAGAUGAAUGCGAAAUAAGUGUUGUCAGAUUACAAUUCAGUAAUAAAGUUUU